AUGAAUUAUUCCGCUUUGGCUAAAGAAGUUUUUGAAUUUUAGAAUAAAGUAAGAUAAGAUCCAUCACUAAUUAUUCCGGCUCUAGAAAAUAGGCUCAAAUAUUUCAAAGAUAAAGUCUUGCACUUACCUGGAACUUAAGCUACUAAUACAAAGGAAGGAGCCAAUUCCGUCUAGGAGUGCAUUGAUUUUCUAAAAAAGCAGAAACCUGUUGGACCAUUGACAUAUGAAAAAGGGUUGGAGGAAGCAGCCAGGGAUCAUGCAGAAGAUUUAGGAACUAAUGGUUUGACUGGACAUGAAGGAAGUGAUCAUUCAACUACAAAAUAAAGAAUAGAAAGACAUGGUUAAUGGAAACCAGGGACUAUUGGAGAAAAUAUCAGUUUUGGAAAAUCCACAGCUGAAGAUAUUGUUAUAUAAUUGAUAGUCGAUGAUGGUGUUCCAAGUAGAGGGCACAGAUCUAAUUUCUUUGAACCUGCUUAUAAAUAAGUAGGUAUAUUUGGAGCACCUCAUAAGGCCUUUAAAUUUGUUUUCGUUUUUGAUUUUGCGUCAAAAUUUUCAUAAGGAGGUAAGCCAGAAUAAGAAGGAGAUAAAGAGAAGGAGAAAAAAAAGAAAUCAGAGAAAUAAGAGAAAUAAGUAAUUAAACAGAAAGACGAUGAUGAUGAUGACAAAAAUGAAGGAAAGGAGAAAUUGAUACCAGGUGCAAAGAAGGUUUAAAAGAAAGUUAAAACCACAGUCAAAGGGGGUAAAAAACAUAUUAUAACCACCAAAAUUUAUACUAUGAAUGAUGGUAUAGUUUAAUAUUAUUUUUUUCUUCAUUUUACCACCUAAGAAGUAGUCACUGAAAAAGUGGAAGAUGCAUGA